AUGAUCAUCAUUAUAGUGGUUGCUGAAGAAACAUUUCAGUUGACGAUCAAGCUGCCUGGUGGCAAGGGCUCCGAUAUCAAAAUCAUUGCAAGCCCACGGGAAGCCAUCCACGAUAUCAAGCAGUCGGUGAUGGAGUCACCCGAAACUUGCGUUCACUCGUGCUUCUAUCUGGCUUUGAAUGGCAAGCGUCUAAAUGAUUUCGCGGAACUCGGCGAGAUUGAAGGCAUGACUCCCGAGACAGAGCUGCAGUUGGUUGAAGAUACAUACACCGAGCGCGAUGCACGACUGCACAUUAACCGUCUCCGUGACCUUUUGGGUGGUCCCUACAAGCCGAACCCCUCGGCAGUUGGCAUCGAUUCUGGCGUUUCGUUCUUGACAGCUGUCACUGGCGAAGUUGACGAAGAGAUCGUUCCUGAAAACGAAAAGAAGGUCGAAGAUCUGUUCUCAAACGAACCUAUCCCGGAGCACGCAUUCACCGACGCCGAUAUGAACGCAACAUCCAAGUUGUCUGAAUUUGUACCACCCACAUUCCAACGCCUUGCUCCACAAUGCCUCAAGAGCCUGUCAUUGUCUGGCUGGAAUCCAGUCCCUCACGCCCGCCGCCUCAAGGGCGAUUUGCUCUACUUGGUUGUCGUCACCCUCGAGAACGAGACUCUCAACAUCACUGCCUCGUCUCAAGGCUUCUUUAUCAAUAACUCGACCAGCAACAAGUUUGAUGCAUCCCGCAAGUCGGGCGGCAAGAAGAUGGGUGCCCACUCUUUGAUCAGAUUGCUUCAACAAGCAUCGCCCAAAUUUGCUUCAAACUUCAGCGCCCUCCAGGAAUUCAUCACCCGUCAUCACAUGCUGGAAGUCUUGCCCGUCAACACAUAUUUCCCUGCCCAUCCUUGGGCCGUCCAAGCUCCCGAACAUGUGUUUGAUCCCGCUCGACCCGCUGAGCCUCUUUUGAACUUUGGAUCCGACGCUGUCGAAUCCCUCCGUGACUGGAACGAUGAAUUGCAAUCACACCGCGAAUUACCCAAGGCUAACUUGCAGGAACGUGUGCUCCGUGAGCGUUUGGUCAACAAGGUGCAGUCAGAAUUCACAGAGGCAGCUGUACGUGGCGCUGUUGCCGUGGUCAACGGUUCUGUUGUGCCAUUGAACCCCAUGGAGCCUGAGGAGUCGCACAUGUACGUGUACAACAACAUUUUCUUCAGCAAGGGCAACGAUGGCCGCGGCACAUUUGAGGCACUUGGUGCCGACGAGGCAGCGCAUGUCGCCACAGGCAAGGAUUUGGAGGGUGUCAAGGUUUUCAACAGCAUCGAUGCUUCGGGUCUGUACACCUUGGGCAGUGUCAUUGUUGACUACAAGGGUGUGCGUGUUGUUGCCCAGAGCAUUGUUCCUGGCAUCUUCCGCCGUCAAGACGAAAACUCGAUCGUAUACGGCUCGGUUGACAACGGUGCACAAAUCUCGGCCGACGACAAGUUCCAUGAUACCAUUGGCAACGAAGUCGCAAAGUCGCUUCACUUGUCCGAACAUGCCUUGUUAGAUAGCAACGACGAAAAGGUCAAGCUGUACACUUCCUUGGAAACCAAGGGUCUUCUUGGAGCCGAUGGUCGUCGCUACUUGCUCGAUCUCUACAGACUCAACCCUGUCGAUAUCGAGUUUCAAGAAAACGAGUGUAUCGACAAGGACGACAAGCCUGCUUAUCCCCACAAGAUGACCUUGCUGCGUCCAGAGUUGAUGGGCUUGUACUGGGAGCACCGAUUCAGAGAAUGGGUCAAGGUGAAGACCGAGGAAAUCAAAAAGGAAAAGAAGCUCGCUAAUGGCAGUGCAGAUGAUAAGGACAAGGAAGAAGAACAAAAGGAAAAGCCCAAGGCUUCAGAAGAAGAAACCCCCGCUGCUGGUGAAGGUGAAAAGAAGGCCGAAGAAGAAGCACAACAAGAAGAAGAGGAGGAGGAUGUCAAGAUUGACGUGAGCGAAUUCAAGCUGUCGUUCAAUCCCGAUGUCUUUACUUCUGCCAAGCAUGGCGAAGACGCAGAGACCAUCAAGGAGCAGGAGCAGGCCGUUCGCGACGCAUCCAAAUUCCUUAUCAACGAUAUCAUUCCAAGCCUGGUCCUUGACUUUGCCUCAUAUGCUAUCUCACCCCUUGACGGUGAUGCUUUGACCAAGGCCAUGCACCGCCGUGGUAUCAACAUGCGUUAUCUCGGCAAGAUUGCUGAACUUGUGUCGAUCAGCAAAGACAAGCGUAUCGAACAUAUUCAGCAGCUUGCUGUCCAGGAAAUGGUUGUGCGUUCCUGCAAGCGCAUGCUGCGCAAGCUUUUGAACGAAAGCCCACUUGAGCAAAUCACUGCCUGCGUGUCCCAUUUCCUGAACUGUCUGUUUGGUCGUGAGUUUAACGCCAAGCCCAAGCCUGAGGUUCCUGAAGGUACAACUCGCAACGAUUUCGCCUGGUCCAGACUCACGCCCAAUCAUGUCGAGACUGAGUUGAAGCAACAGGUGCUUCGUCGAUUCCGAUACAAGCUUGACGACGAUUUCUUAAAUUCGCUCAAGGUUUUGCCUACCCUUCGUGAAAUCUGCCUGCGUGUUGGUAUCCAACUUGAAGCCCGCGAUUAUCGUUUCACCGCCUAUACCGAAGAGGAACGUGCUGCUAUUGCCGCUGAAGAGUCCGCCAAGGCUCGUCAAAAGGAACAGCAGCAGCGCCAGAGCAGCCGUGGCAAGCGCAGCGCUAAGAACAAGAGCAAGGAAGAAGAGCCUGUCCGUACACGCCGUAUCACUACCUUUGUUCCCGAUGAUAUCCAAAACUUGAUGCCCACUGUCAAGCAAGCUACUGGCAGAAGCGUAUUCGCAGAAGAGACCUUUGAAGCUGGCAAGAUGAGCUUAGCACAAGGCCACCGACAGCUUGGUCUUGAGCUCUUGUUGGAAUCCCUGACACUUCAUGAACAGACAUAUGGUUUCUUGCAUCCAGAGACUUCCAAAUGCUAUGCUACGCUUGCCAUGAUCUAUCAUCAUGGUGAUGACCGUGAAGCUGCUUUGGACCUCCAACGUAAGGCUGUUAUUGCUGCUGAGCGAACAAACGGUGUUGAUCACCCAGAAACCGUUCAUCACUACCUCAACCUCGGUCUUUUCGAACACGCAGCCGGUCGAACAAAACUUGCUCUCCGUUACUUGAAGCAUGCUCUGUACUACUGGGAUCUUGUGUUUGGCCCUGGCCAUCCUGACUCUGCCACCGCCGAUAACAACGCCGGUGUUAUGUUGCAAUCCUUGCGUGACUAUCCCACGAGCACCAAGUUCUUUGAACGUGCCUGUGCCACACAAGAGGAGAUUCUUGGUAAAGAACAUGUCCUUACUGCCACUGGCUACCAUGUUCUUGCCAAGGCAUAUACCCUUUUGGGUGACUUUAACAAGGCUCUGAACGUUGAACGUGUUGCAUUUGGCGUUUUUGAAAAGAAGUUGGGUGCCGAAGAUCCACGAACAAAGGAGAGUGAUAUGUGGCUCAAGGAAUUGACAUCAAAUGCAUUGUUAUCGGCACAACGAGCACGAGAACAAGCACAAUCUGCUGUUCGUCCAUCUGGCGCAACUGCUGCUGCUGCUGCUGUACCUAAAGGUACUGCCCAGCAACAACAACAGCAGCAACCUGGUGAUAUGCCCAUUGAACAAGUCUUACAAUACAUUAACGGCGAUUCUCCACGAACAGCUACAUCCGCACGAAAAGGCAAAAAGAAGGCACAAAACAAGCGUCGUUAG